UCCAUUCUCUUCUUGGGGGAGGCAGGGCAUACACGUUUGGGAAUGUCACAUGUUUUUCAGAAGGGUCAGAAUAGGUACAGAUAUAAUAUUAGAGAUAAAAUGGAAUAUAAUAUUUUGAAGGAAAAAAAGCCUUAUAACAUGCCAAUUUGUCUUCAUAUAGGUUCUCAAGAGUUCUGUACCACCUCUCUCCUGAGUGCAUUUCAAGCCAUCACUAUCAGUCCCAGUAAUUCUAAAUGGGCACGGCUUAAAACUAAAUCCUCUACAUGGAUUUUACCCUCUCUCUUUUUCUUCUGGAUCAUCAACAUGGUGGUCUAUAUCCACGUAAUCCUAUCUCUAGAAGCCAAUCGCAAUUUCACUAUUGUCGGGUUUGGAUAUUCUCAUGCAUACUGUCAAACUAAGAAGCUUAAAAACUACUACCCAGGGGCAUUUACAAGUGUCUUGGUGAUUCGAGAUGUGCUCUUUGUGGCUCCUAUGAUCUGGACCAGCAUCUACAUGGUGAAUCUGCUCUACAGACACCACAGGAGAGCCCAGCACCUUCACAGCCCCAGCCUCUCUGCCCAGCCAUCUCCUGAAAACAAAGCCACCCACACUAUCCUUUGGCUGGUAAGUUGCUUUGUGUUCUUCUAUUGCUCAGACAACUUUGUGACCUUUUAUUUGUAUUAUAAAUCUCAGAAAAGCCCAAGACUGGACAGAGUUGCUGGAAUAAUUUCCUCAUGUUACCCAACCAUCUGCCCUUUUGUGCUGAUGAAAAAUAAUAAAAUGAUUUCCAAAUAUACUUCUUCCUUUUCAAAAUUGAGAUUUACCUUUUUUUCAAGGAGUAUUCAGUAA